AUGUCUACCUUCAACGCCGAGUCUGCCGAAAACUUAGAAGACAUCGAAAAACAAUUCGCUGUCAAGGCUGUUAUGCAAGCCGAAACCUACUGGGGGUUAUUAGAAAAAAUCCCAGGAUCCAAGUUAAAAUUGACCAAACAAGAUGAUUUCAUAUUGGAAACCUUAUUAGAAGAUUUCCCAGAAUUCAAAGAACCAGGUAACGUUGCCGUCAUUGACGAAGCUUCCAUGAAGAGUCCAUCCGGUAAAGCCAAGUGGAGAACUUUCUGUGAAAAAUUCAAAGAAAUGGAAGAUUACAAUUUCGGUACUUUAUUAAGAACCAAGGCUUCGGAUGAAUACUCUCAAGACGGCACCAUAUUUGCCGUUAGAAUUCAAUUCUACGCCAUUGAAAUUGCCAGAAAUAAAUACGGUUUAAACGACUGGGCUGCUGCCAAAAACUAA